UCUUUUAGCUCUCUUCUAACAAGCAAAAGUUGAAGCGACUCGAGCAGAGAUCUCUCUUCGAUCGAGUUUGCCGUCCGGAGAAACGACUCGAGCAGAGGUCGGUGGAUCAUGGCAAAGGUUCAUCCCAACACUGAAGCAUAUUGCGCAGCCGGCGGCGUCGAGGUCGCUGACGAGGGGAAAGAUAAGAGUAGGGUGCUGACAGUGUGGAGGAAGUCUCUACUCUUCAAUUGCAGAGGUUUCACGGUUUUUGAUGAAGAAGGCAAUUUGGUCUUUCGAGUCGAUAACUACGGCUCCGGCCGUGCCGGCGAGGUCGUGCUCAUGGACGCAGACGGGAAGCCUUUGCUCACCGUCCGACGAAAGAAGCUGAGUCUCGGUGAGAAUUGGAAAAUAUACGACGGCGAGGACGCCGUCGACCCCGUCUACUCCGUCAAGAAGCAGUACAAGAGCCGCUUUCAUGUAAAGUCCGCCCUCGCUCGAGUGGCGGCCUGCAGGCGGCGUAAGGGCGGUGCUGCCUCCGGGUACGAGGUGGAGGGGUCGUAUUCCCGGCGGAGCUGCACGGUUUAUGACGAGCGGCGACGAGUGGUGGCGGAGGUCCGGCGGAAGGAAGCCUUCAGAGGGGUGGGAUUCGGCGACGACGUGUACCAGCUGGUGGUGCGGCCGGCGGCUGACGCGUGCCUCGCAAUGGCCGUCGUCGUCGUCCUCGAUCAGAUGUUCGGAUAGAGGAUUUCUCCAAUUAAUGGCUGAGAUGCCAAAUUUUUGCAUGAUUUUUUCCUUUUUAAAUUUUUUUAUUAUUUUGAGAAAAGUAUAGAUAGCUUUUACCUCAUUCAACAGCACAUUGUGAGAUACAAUGAACAGUCGACAAUGUAUGGAUUAUUAUUUUUUUAUUAUUUUUUAAUUCUUGAUUGAUUCAA